AAAUGUAAAGCCGAACCAAAGAAGUGAGUGAGUAGAAGAAGGCGAAAGACGAUCGAAUGGAAUGUGAAUGUAUUAUUGUUCACAGUGAAGGACCAGGAGUCCUUUUGAUGGUGAUGAAAGGUAGGACAGAUGACAGGAGGGAUUGAUGAAUGUUCGGAUAGACAAUCAAGUUACCUUUUUAUAUAUCUACUUUCUUGUCCCGGUAAAUUACACUGGAAUGAACCAACCCUUCAUAAAUAUUCCAGAUCUGAUCGUCAUGCAGAUGCAAGUAUGAAUGUAUGCUAUUUCUUCCCCAGUCUUCACUAUACCCAACCAGGAAGGUAUGAAGUAUGUAGUAGUUGCAUAUAUGCAUAUGCUGUAGUAAAGGGUACCAUGCCACAAAAAAGAAAUCAUCACGUUUCCUGCUAUAAUAAGCAAUGGUUAGAGCCACAAAUGAUGAUAAUGAUUGGCGUGAAUGCAUGACUUCCCCUGUUUGUGUUUGAUCCACAAGACAUGCAAAAAGGCGCGAGAAGGAAAAAGGAAGAUCAAAGAG